GCUCACGGCCGACCAGGUAGAAUUUUUUAUAUGGUCGACCAAAAACCCGCGAUCCGAGGCGAGGAGAUCUCUGUUUGACUCUGAUUUCUCUAAGAGAAUAGAGGUACAUCUAAAAAUCACAAUGAUGAGAUAGAGGGCCGAAGAAAUGGUCGUUGUGAGCGGAUGAUGUAAGCUGACGGAGAUACAACCCGGACGACGGAGAUCCGUCAAUGGUAUUAAACUGGAUGUUUCUGAAGUUCUUUCACUAAAGGAAGGCCAGCAAAAUCGACUCUGUCUCUCCACCAAACAUGGUUAAAAUUCCAGAAAUCAUUGAAGCAAACGCUAGCUUCGGCAAGAACAAUGACGGUCCCCAAGGUCUCAUAUGUGUCUUUGCCGGAGCAACCAGCAACAUCGGUGCCUCUACUCUUGAAGCCCUAGCAAAGAUGCUGCAAUCCCCCACUUUUUACGUGUUGGGAAGAUCAGCGACGAGAUUUGCUGCUCAGCGCGAGAGACUCCAUAGUCUAAACCCUCAAAUGAAGCUCGAGUUUCUUGAAGUCGAAACCUCGUUAAUUCUCAAUAUCGACGCUGCUUGUAAGCAGAUUCUGGAUGCUGAAGAACGGGUGGAUUUCUUGUAUAUGAGCCAAGGAUGCAUUCCCCUGAAUGUACCACAAUACACGAAAGAGGGCCUAGAAAUAACUUUCGCUCUAUCGUACUACACACGAAUGCGACUUCUGACCAACCUCCUCCCAUUACUCUGCUCUUCUUCACGUCCGCGCGUCCUGAGCGUCCUGAACGCAGGGCAAGAGCUGAAAAUGCAAGAUGAAGAUAUCGGACUUCUUAAUCCCGAAAACUUUGGCCCUCGUGUAGCUAUCAACCAUACUACCACGAUGAUGACGCUAGCAUUGGAAUAUCUAUCCCAGAAUGACGCAAACAUGAACAUCACUUUCAUACACUCGUUUCCUGGACUGGUAGCUAGCGACAACUUUUCUCGGUUGACUGCGCCAGACUCUUUUGGUCUGCUAGGAAAGAUUCUGGUGCCGCUCAUCGGGACUUCAUUUAGUGUGAUACAGAAGAUCUUUGGUAUCUCGACAGCAGAUUGUGGUGCCAGGCAGGCAUUUCUAUUGACAAGCGAUAGGUUUGAGAAUGGCAAGACAUGGAGAGUAGAUGACAAAAGCGAGGUUAUCACUUCUUCAAACGACGCAUUAGAAUACUAUCGAGAAAAAGGUUGGCGAGAGAAAGUCUUUACUCACACCUUGGAAGUCUUUGAAAAGGCAACAAGUACUAGAUAGCUUACAAUUUCAUUUUCUUGUUUUCUCCAAUGCCAUGAGCUUUGUGUAGCUUAUAAUGAGCUCCCCAGCCCUGUAGGACACCCGAUUGAUGGAUAUCCUCAAGCGAAAGUCUUGGCUUUUUCAUAAAUUUGCAAUACAGAUACACUAUAAUAACGAUUCUAGUUUUGCGACGCA